AUGCCGCCUAAGAAGCUGUGCCAGCUCACGCGUGCGUACUCUGUGUCGCGCCUGAGCAGCCCUCUUCUUUCGCGCGCCAAGCAAUGCCCUAUUAUGAGUCAGUCGAUCGCCGAGUCGACAUGCUCUGGCCCGCAGGGGGUCACAAAGACCACCGUGGCUGGCGCCUCUGGUAGCCACACUGUCUCUGCGCCCCACCCUUUGACCAAGUCGUGGCUAGAGCGCGCUGGUGGUGUUUGCCCAGUCGGUGGCCACAUGAUGGCGUCGCAGCAGCGCGCAUACUCGACGCAGACCCCGGCUGCAUACGCAGCCAUGGUCUCGUCGCCUGAUUCGACAGUGCGUGCCCCGACCUCUGCACCUGCGCCGGCAUCGUCUGCGACGGAGGCUUUGCAUUCCUCGCCUCCUUACCAGCGCCGUACGCCCGGCUCUGGUUUGGGCCGAUUGCCUGAGCCAGCGCCGAGCGAAGGCCCCGGUUUUGAUUUCGAGAAGUUCUACCAUGAUGAGCUGAAACUAAAGCAUGACCAGAACACCUACCGCUACUUCAACAACAUCAAUCGUCUGGCCCAAAAGGCGCCGAUGGGCCAUCUUACGGAGGAGGAAGGCCACGAAAUUACCGUCUGGUGUGCGAAUGACUACCAAAACAUGUCGCGUCACCCGCGUGUGCUGGCUGCUAUGAAGGAGACGCUGGAGAAGUACGGUGCUGGUGCGGGUGGUACGCGGAACAUUGCUGGCCACAAUAUGCAUGUGGAACACUGCGAAGAAGUGCUCGCGCGUCUGCACCGCAAGGAUGCAGCGCUUGUCUUUGGCUCGUGCUAUGCUGCGAACGAUGCUGCGCUUACCGUCCUGGGCUCCAAGCUUCCCGGCUGUGUGAUUCUCAGCGACGAGAGCAACCACGCGUCUAUGAUCCAAGGUAUUCGUCACAGUGGUGCGAAGAAGAUGAUCUACAAGCACAAUGACAUGGCGGACCUGGAGGCCAAGCUCAAGUCACUGCCUGUCUCGACGCCGAAGAUUAUUGCGUUUGAGUCGGUAUACAGUAUGAGUGGUACUGUGGGCCCGAUUGAGCAGACGGUGGCGCUGGCGAAGAAGUAUGGCGCGAUUACCUUCCUGGACGAGGUGCAUGCUGUCGGCAUGUAUGGUCCGCAUGGUGCUGGUGUGGCUGAGCAUCUUGACUGGAUGCUCAAUGCUACGAUGCCUCCGGGCCGCCUGCGUGGUACGGUGAUGGACAGUGUGGACAUCAUUACCGCGACGCUGGGUAAGGCGUAUGGCAACGUGGGUGGCUACAUUGCAGGCUCCAACCGUUUGGUCGAUCUCAUUCGUUCGUAUGCGCCGCAGUUCAUUUUCAGUACGACGCUUCCUCCCGCGGUGCUUGUAGGCGCUGCGACCGCGGUGGAAGUGCUGAUGGAAUCGAACCGCACGCGCCAGCUGCAGCAAAUCCGUACUCGUGAGCUAAAGCAGGCGCUGCUCAGUGCCGGUAUUCCACUGCAGAGCAACCCUUCGCACAUUGUGCCUGUGUUGGUGGGCUCGGCGGAGAAGGCGAAGUUGGCUUCAGACAUGCUGUUGAAUGAGUAUGGAUGCUACGUGCAGCCGAUCAACUACCCGACUGUAGCGAUGGGUCUGGAGCGUCUGCGUAUCACACCUACGCCGCAACACACGUCGCAGCAUGUGGCGCAGCUGGUAGAUGCACUGAAGGAAGUGUGGCAGCGCCUGAAGCUUCGUACCGUGGACGAUCUGUUGGCGGCGCCACGCGAUGGCUCGGACGUGCUGGCUGAUUUGUUCCGCCGCUCGCAGUUUGAGGACAACAACUCGCCUCUAUGGACGGAUGCCAUGCUGACGAUGCCCAGUGAGAUGCUGGUCAACAGUGACUCGGCCGCGCUGCGCUGCGGAUGUGACGCGGCGACGUCGAUCACGUCAUCGACAGACACGCCGGCGUCGUCGACGCACGCCUAA